AUGGGAGGACGCGCGGUACACUUCGCAAACCUCCCGAUAAAGCUCCUAAUGCCACCAAAGCUCACAAACAUCCACGAGUUCUCUCUCAAAACGAUCCCAUCAGCGACCAAGAUCGAGAUCAAGCGCGUCCUGGAGACUCUCUACGGGUUCGAGAUCGAGAAGGUGAACACUUUGAACAUGGACGGGAAGAAGAAGAAGCGCGGCGGGCUGUUGAUAGCCAAAGCUGACUACAAGAAGGCUUACGUCACUCUGAAACGGCCUCUCUCGAUCUCUAGCGAUCUUUUUCCGGUGAAGUUUGUGGAGGAAGAUGGGAAGAGUAAGUUGAAAGGGUGUGGGUUUGUGGAGGAGGAAGGUGAUGAUGAGAAGAGUCAUUGGCUUGAUCAGAAGGAGAAGAGGGAGGUUGGUGGUUACGGUAGUGGUAAAAGGGUGAAAUCGCCGGCGAGAGGUGGUGGUGCUAUGGCGGCGGCGGGGGCGGGGGAGAAGUUUCCGUGGAGUAAUAUGAGGUUUGGUGGGAACUGUCGGAUUAUUGUGGACUAUGUUGUUUCUGUUGAGCUCUCGUGGCAUGAAGCAGUGUAUACUGUGCAGUGGCAUGAAGCAGUGUAUACUGUGCAGUGGCGGAUGUAG